AUGUCUCUACCAUUGCAGAUUGACGAAGCCACUCUGGCUCAGAUUUUUGCGACUCUCUUUGAGCCAACCGACACACUACCUAAACUUGUUGCAGCUGUUCAGCUCAAAGGAUGUCAUUACGCAACAUACGAUGCGCUAGUGGAUGCUGUUGUUGCCCAAGUAGAGAUGUGGCCAGUUGAGUUGCAAACCAGCUUCAUCAGUGGACAUCCUCGCAUUGGAGAGAAAGCAGCUAUCUCUUCCCUCAGCGCCAAAGAACAAGGCGUUAACAUCGCUACCCCCGAGCUUCUUCAUCGUCUUGCGUAUCUCAACGACUGCUACGAACACAGCUUCCCAGGCUUACGCUAUAUCACCUUCGUUAAUGGACGCAGUCGACAAGCAAUCGUGGUUGAAAUGGAAGAUUUCCUCCAUAUCUCGCCCGAUUCAGCGCCCUUCCCUGGUAGUUUGACGCGCAUUGAACCUGGGAGUGGCGCUUGGACAUCGGAGUUGCUUCGUGCCAUCCAAGAUGUGGGACGCAUUGCCAAGAGUCGCGCUCAACAUGUACAGAUCCAGUAA